GUGAUAUUGGGAAUUUGUCAAAACUUACAUUGAUUGCAUACACAACCAGUGAGGUAGUUGCUGUCUUCGUGGUUGGAAAGGGGCACGACCCGUAUACGAUCAGAAACAAGAUUGGUGGCACAGGAGGAGGAGACCGCGGUGCAGGUUCCCUGUGUGAAGGUACUUAAGGUGAUCACUGACAGAAAGCAGCCAUGUCGUCAACAUCCCAGAAACACAAGGAGUUUGUGGCAGAACCCAUGGGGGAGAAGCCAGUCAAUGCACUUGCUGGCAUUGGAGAGGUGCUUGGCAAGAGACUGGAGGAGAAGGGCUUCGACAAGGCUUACGUGGUCCUGGGUCAGUUCCUGGUGCUGAAGAAGGAUGAGGAGCUAUUCCGGGACUGGCUGAAAGAAUCAUGCGGGGCCAAUGUCAAACAGCAGGGUGAUUGCUAUGGCUGCCUGCGUGAAUGGUGCGAUUCUUUCCUGUAGAGAAGCGUUUUUCUUCGGUUUUGGUUGUUCCAUUUGAUAUAUCCCAAACAUCUAUUUACUUCUAUGGUCUCACAUUAACUUGCACCUCAUAUGGGCACACUGCACAUGAGGCAGUUAAGCAAAUUCGUACAUCGUAACACCUGGUUAUUUUAAACAAUAGUCACAAUUCAGAGACCUAUAGAUGCUUAAAAAUUAGUAAGACAUACUUUGCUGCAGUCAUCCAUGAGGUUGUUUCACCCAAUUGUGUAGAUCCGUAAUGCUGACCUUUUCUAUGAUUCAUAUCUUUGGCUGCACAGAAGCCUUGGGAUGAGUUCAUUUUUGUUUUUGUGCACUUUGUUAUGUUUCACUUUUUGUUCUCUGUCAAAGGAAAACACUUUUUAUCAUUACGUUCCCUUCAUAAAAAAGGUAUAACUAAUGCCUGUACUUAUCUCCAACUCUGACAGUUUGCCCCUGCAUUUAUUUAAACGAACUUGUCCCUAAAUUAAUUAAUAGCAUUUUAAACCAUUUUAGACACCACAGAGCUUUAACAUCUGUAAGAUGUUGCGCUGUUAAUUUUUACAACCGAGUUCACAUGAAAUAAUUUUAAGAUUUAUAUUUGUAAUUGCCCCAUGUUAUCUUAUGUGUUUGUUUGAAGAGAUGUUGAAGAAAUGCCUUAACGUUGUAAUGCAAAAACAUUUAUCUGCAAUGUUCCUUGAGUUGUGGAGCAGUGCAUGCGGAUUAAGAAGCUAGCUACCACAAAUCACCUUAUUUUCAAUCUUCACACAAAUGAAAACCUAAAGUAAACCCACAGUAAGGAGCACUGUUGUUCCAGGAAUUAAUUUAUGAGCAUACUUGUGUUGCUGUCUAAUGUUUAAUCGUCGAAGGAUGGUUUUACUGAAACACUGGUUCAUGUUUUUGCAUAUUGACUGUGAAAGCAUGUUAGUUUUUAUAUUUUUAUUUUGAAAUAAACAGAAACAACUGCAAGAUCUGGACAAUUCUGAGUUUGUUUUGUUUUUGAGAAAAAAUAAAUAAUAAAAUGACAUGCAAAAAUA